AUGCCUGGCUACCGACCUCGCAGAGGAGGCAAGCCAUCUUCGAAGGGCCGUGUCGGCAAAAGAGGCCCUGUGGUUGAGAAGCAGAAUGUCUUCCAGACUUCGCGAUUAAAAGAAACAGAAGAUGAUGCUUCACAAGGUGACGCCAAAAACGAGGAAGACGCCUUGAGUGCCACUGAAGAGAGUGGGCUUGAGGAAGACGAACAACAAUUUCAGAGCGCGAGCGAAGAUGAAAGCCAUGCGCCAGACUCCUAUGCCCUUCUAUUGCAAUCGCUCACCUCAGGAAAAGAGAAUUCUGAACCUCCAAGGAAGAAGAGAAGGCUCUUGCGCAGCGAAUACAGUAAUGGCCGUACACCGGGCCGCACAGCGGGCGAGGCUGUGACACAUGGGGAACUGUCCCGAACCCAAAGCCCCGAGAUGGAAGCCAAUGAGCAACGUUUAGGACUUCAAGAGGAGGUGGAAACGGAUGAAGAGUAUUCAGGUGGCCCUGCGGGAGACAUGGAUUCUGAAGAUGAGCCGAGCCUCCUGCGAGAUCCGUUCGAGAGACAUUAUACGACGGUUUUGGAGCACGAUCUGAAAGAGGCGAUCACCCGGGUGGACCAGAAGCAAUGGAACACUUCCUCCUCGACGUCAGAUUCAGGCGUGCGCAGCACCAUUCUCUCCACGGCGAAGGGGACUCCUGCCACGCUUAGCGAUCUGAAAUCCAUCAAAGAUGCUUUCCUAAAGCGCCGACUUGUCGAUGGUGGAAGCAAAGCUGUCUCUAGUUUGUCUUUGGAGGAGAAAACCAUCGCCGCACUCUCGUUCAACUAUACCGACAUCAUAUAUGGCUGUCGGAGCAUUCCAAACUCGGCUCAUUUGCGCGAUAUAUCGUGUUUGCAUGCCCUCAACCACAUUUUCAAGACAAGAGAUCGGGUCCUCAGAAACAAUGCGAAGUUGAGUUCAGCAUCCAGCACGGAGGCUCUCGACCUUCGUGACCAAGGAUUUACUCGACCCAAAGUCCUCAUUAUGGUACCCACGAAGCAGGCCUGUGUGCGCUUUGUCGAAAGCAUCGUCAAACUCAGCGAACCUGACCAACAGGAAAACAAGGCCCGGUUUCUGGAAACGUAUUCUUUGGAGGAUGAGAUUGAAUGGCGAGACAGACCAGAAGACUUUCGGGCACUUUUCGGGGGCAAUCACGAAGAAGACUUUCGGAUCGGGUUGAAGUUCACCAGGAAGACCAUCAAGUAUUUCUCUGGGUUCUACAACUCGGACAUCAUCAUCGGCUCCCCUCUUGGGCUGAUGCGCACCAUUACCACACAGAGCGGCGGAAAGGAUAAGAAGAAAUCCUAUCACGACGCAGACUUCCUUUCUUCCAUCGAGCUCGUUAUCGUGGACCACGCAAACGCCUUACAGAUGCAGAACUGGCAGCACGUGGACUUCGUCUUCUCCCAACUCAACCUUCUCCCCAAGGAUUCCCAUGGCUGUGACUUCUCCCGCGUCCGCCACUGGUAUCUCGACGGGCAAGCCAAAUACCUGCGCCAAACAAUCAUAUUUUCCGACUAUCUGACCCCUGAAAUCAACGCCCUUGCCUCAACCCAUCUGCACAACAUCGCCGGGCGAGUGAAGCUCGUCCCGACAUAUCCUGGCGCGAUGCUCUCUGUAUCCUCCCUCGCCCUCCCCUUCACCUCGGGGAGCGUACCGCAGACCUUUCUGCGCAUCCCCUCGCCCAACCCGUUGACGGACUCGGACGCGCGCUUCAAAUUCUUCACCACCACGAUCCUGGCGCCCCUGGUGCGUGACGCACGCCAUCAAAGGGGCAUCCUGCUCUUCGUCCCCGCCUACGCCGACUUCGCCCGCCUGCGCAACCACCUCUCGACAUCCUCCGACGCGACGUCUCUCUCGUUCGGGAGUAUCUCGGAAUACACGCCCGUCAAGGAGGUGAUGCGGGCGCGCUCGCACUUCCUCUCCGGCCGUCACGCAGUGCUCCUGUACUCGGAGAGAGCGCACCAUCAUUUCCGGUACAGGAUCAAGGGCGUGCGGAAGAUCCUGUGGUACGGCGUCCCCGAGAACCCCAUCUUUUGGACCGAGAUCAUUGCAUUGCUGGGGCUGGCGUCGACGGACAAGGACGGAGAGCAUCAGCGCCACGCUGGCGGUAAGGGUGGAACGAAGGGAGUUAUCAGGGCACUGUUCUCGAAGUGGGAUGUCUUGAAGCUGGAGAGGAUUGUUGGGACGGAGAGGGUGGGGAAACUGAUCAAUGAUCAAGGGGGUGAUACGUUUGAUUUCGUCUAA